AUGCCUACAUUCAAAUGCGUGCUGGUCGGCGAUGGUGGUACUGGAAAAACUACGUUUGUAAAAAGGCACUUGACUGGAGAGUUCGAGAAACGAUAUGUCGCCACACUCGGAGUUGAAGUACAUCCUUUAGUAUUCCAUACAAAUCGAGGCCCUAUAAGAUUUAACGUGUGGGAUACGGCUGGACAAGAGAAAUUCGGUGGUCUAAGAGAUGGUUAUUAUAUCCAAGGUCAAUGCGCUAUCAUUAUGUUCGAUGUAACCUCUCGUGUCACCUACAAAAAUGUACCAAACUGGCACAGAGAUUUAGUCAGGGUGUGUGAAGGCAUCCCCAUUGUACUGUGCGGCAACAAAGUAGAUAUCAAGGACAGGAAAGUCAAAGCCAAAACUAUUGUGUUCCACAGGAAAAAGAAUUUACAGUACUAUGACAUUUCUGCAAAAUCAAAUUACAACUUCGAAAAGCCAUUCCUGUGGUUAGCAAGGAAGUUGAUUGGUGAUGGAAACCUAGAAUUUGUGGCCAUGCCCGCUCUUGUCCCACCAGAAGUUACUAUGGAUCCACAAUGGCAGAACCAAAUCGAAAAGGAUCUUAAGGAGGCACAGGACACUGCACUGCCCGAAGAAGAUGAAGACUUGUAA